CCAAUCCAAAUCACCCAAUCCCAGAGGCGAUCGCAGCCAGAAGUCCAAAAGCGAGGGGCCUUCAAUCCAUCCACAGACGCAGGCGUCUGUCGAUUCCAUUGGCAAGCAGCUCGCGGACGAGGAGUGGACCACUUGCGUGGGCAGAAGAGGUGAGCACGCGCUUCGACCCUUAGAGCGCUUAAGAUUUGCUUUCCUUGCUCUCAUUCCCCCGUCGGCCUCGAGCAGCAGAGAGAGAAAGAAGACAGCAUCAGAACUCGCAUCGGCAGCACGUAGCCAACCAGCUUUCCGCUCGUUGUUUGGAGCCAUGGCCGCCUCUGCUACCUCCGCUCUGUCCAUGGCAAAGGUCGCUGCCUGCCCAGCGAACCUCGCCUCCUCUCGAUCAGCCGUGUCCGGAACCUCGGUCGGUGUUGCCUUCCCCGGCACCGUCUUGGCCUCCAAGGCCAUCUCCGUCAACUGCCGCGCUUCAGCUGAGGAGAAGGAAGUCACCUCCCGCCGAUCUGCCCUCGCCCUCCUCGCUGGCCUCGUCGCCGUCGGUGCCAAGGCCUCCCCCGCCCUCGCUGCUUACGGAGAGUCUGCCAAUGUUUUCGGUACCCCCAAGGUGCAGUCUGGCUUCACCACCUACUCCGGAGAGGGCUUCACCGUGGACCUACCAUCCAAGUGGAACCCGAGCAAGGAGAAGGAAUUCCCCGGACAGGUCCUGAGAUACGAGGACAACUUCGACCAACUUUCCAACCUCUCCGUCUCCAUCGUCAGCGCCCCGGUCAAGUCCAUCAAGGACUACGGCUCGCCCGAGAAGUUCUUGUCUGAGGUCUCAUACCUUCUCGGAAAGCAAUCGUACGACGGACAGACAGCAUCCGAGGGAGGAUUCGACAAGAACGCCGUGGCCACCGCCAGCAUCUUCACCGCCGAAGAGAAGGAAGUGAACGGCAAGACCUACUACAACUUGGAGGUGCUGACCCGUACCGGAGACGGAAACGAGGGAGGCAGGCACCAGUGCAUCGUGGCCACCGUCGACAACGGGAAAUUGUACAUCUUCAAGGCGCAGGCCGGAGACAAGAGGUGGUUCAAGGGAUCAGAGAAGUUCGUGCACGGAGCCGCCGACUCUUUCACCGUAGCUUAAGCAGCUAGCCACGCCAGGAUCUGUAGAUAGGGAUAGUUCGGACUGUCUCUCUUCAAAGGUGACGGGUGAAGAAAGGCUGCGUGCGAAACAUUUGUCGAUUUUUACGAUCUUUACCGAUGGGACGAAGGAGUUUUCUUCAGACGGGAGUGGGGUGGCUCUAUCUGAUGUUGCUGACCUGCCGGUGAGGAUUAGUCUAUUGUCUGCACUGUGCUGGAGUGCAUUGAUGAUGUCUGUAACCUAAGGCCUUGUAACAUAAUGUACAGUUUAAAACAUGAGAGACAAAGUUACAAGAUCUGAUUAAACAAAUUCUCUGUUCAACUGUCAAAUUCUCACGUUUAAACUGAAAUUGAGUUUUUCUCCGAACAA